GUGUGCCAGUACAACUUACUGUCACCGCCGCCACCGCCGCCUCCUUUCUUUCCCGGACGCGCUUCGGCCGCGGCAGCCACGGAAACUGGAAGUCGUGACUUUCGUAGAAUCUUUUGACGUCCAAGUCAGCUAGAGGCUGCGGUUGUGUGUGUCCUCCCCUCACCCUUGUACGGGCGGAAGUUGACGUCCAAGUCAUCGAGGCUGCGGUUGUGUGUGUCCCCCGGUGCUGUACGGGCGGAAGUUGUCAUCCAAGUCAGCUAGAGGCUGCGUUUGCGUGUCCCCCCUCGGCGCUGUACGGGCGGAAGUUGUCGUCGGGACUUUUCGUGGGAUGUGAUACCAGUGCAAGGGUUCGGAUUUCAACUUUUCGCUAUUUUCUUCUUCUUCCCUCCCAUACAUGAUGCAUAUUACGCAUGCAUGGGGCUGCCGAAUUUUUGGACUAUGCGCCGGACGCAGCAACCAACUUCAAGAAGCUUCUGUCACUAACUAAUGCGGGGAGGCACCGUGGCGCACAUUUGGCAGCGUUUAAAAUCUUCAAAAUGAAGCUUAAAAUUUUUUUUAGUCAAGGAGGACAGCAAAAAAUCAAAAUUUUUUUUUUUUUACUAUAGUCAUUCAGCAUCCAUUUAGAAUGAUGCACCAGGUCACACUUUCCCUUUGAACUUGAAACAUUUUGGAUUUUUCUUGGUGGAUUGUUCCCCUCCACCUUAAUAGUCCGAGAAACAUGUUGCACAUUCUCCUGUUUCUGUCUUUGGCGUUACUUUUGAAAGUGGCGGACUGCCGUGUCGUAGAGGGACUGCAGAGAUACACUUCAAUCCCCACGUAUCUGCCUGUCAACUACCAGGUGCUCAACACUGACUUGGCAUUUUUCCUCAAGGAAAGCAACCAAGACUUCAUGAGAAACUCUAGCCUGAUGUCCCGCACCGAGCCUUUCUUCAUCCACCAGGCCAGGAAUUUACCUUCGGUCAACUCCAGCUACGGACCCCUCUCCGUGGAGCAGCCGGUCCCUUUAGAGCUCCUCCAGAGCCCGGGGGUUUUCCCGGCCUCAUCACUUUUUACUUUUAAUUGGAAAGUUCAGACUUUCAUCAUGAACACAAAGAUUCACCUGGCCAAGCCCAAAGUCCAAGUUCUGUUUUACAUCGCAGGCAGGGACUGGGACGACUACAGCGCUAUCGACAAGCUACCCUGCGUGCACAUGUUUGCCUUCCAUGAGACCCAGGAGGUGCACGGUACCUGCCUGCUGAAGGGGGCGCUGGGGCUCUGUGUGGCCGAGCUACAGCCCUUGGCGAGCUGGUUCAGCCCGCCUAGCAUUGUGCCAGGACGACAGAAGAACCUGGAAGCUUCCGAAGGAACCCCAGUGGAGCUCUACUACAUCCUGCAAUCCACCGAGGGAGGGGAAUGUCACUCGGAGGAAGCCAAGAAGGAAAACUUUGUCCGCUCAAGCCAGGAAGGGCUGUUUGGGUCCUAUACCUCCACACCGCUGAGAAGGAUCGGCGGUAUAAGGCUCUAUCGGAAUCCUGUUCCACCCCAACUGGCUGAACACAGACUGGAUCAUAACUUUGUGAUUUUGGUCCCGACCACACCAGUGAGUCAGAGAGAAACGGUCUCGACCUACGUCACAGUGUCAGCCUACUCGACCGUGGAGAUGUUUACGCUCAGAGUGAAGUUGAGAGAAGGAGUGACUUUUCUCGGGGCCCUUCCCAGCAACCCCACGCAGUGGAUCGUGAGCCAGGAUGUGAGGAAUGAAGGUCACCGCGUGGUCACCUUGCGCUGCCAGAGGAAGGAGUCCGGCUUCGAUCAGCAGAGGGAUGACAUGGGAGUCCAGAGGGUGCUGCAGGUGGAUCUAAAAAUGGAGAGUUUCCCUGAGCUGCCGGGCAGCCGCUGGAUGGCGUGGCAGGUGGAGUACCCGGCCAGCUCUGCCACACAGGAGGCUGACACCGAGAUCACCUUGGCACAAGAGGAUGUGGCCGGCAUUGUACCAUUGGCUAUGGAUUCGGAGAUUUUGAACACGGCAGUUCUGACCGGGAAGACGGUAGCGGUCCCUGUGAAGGUGGUAACCAUCGGAAUAGACGCUUCGGUAACUGACGUCUCUGACGCAGUCAUGUGUCGCUCCACAGAUGAAGACGCAGUCAAGGUGUCAGAGAGGUGUGACUAUGUUUUCGUGAAUGGCAAGGAAAUGAAGGGCAAAGUAAAGAUGGCAGUGAACUUCACCUACACCUAUCUGAGUGCUCAGCUCGAGCUCAACGUGUGGAUCCCUCGACUUCCCCUCCAGAUUGAAGUGUCUGACACGGAGCUGAGCCAGAUCAAAGGGUGGCGGGUCCCCAUCAUGGCCAGCAAUCCCAGGUCAACACGGGACAGCGAGGAUGAUGAUGAUGAGGACAGACGAGGACGAGGCUGCACUCUGCAGUACCAGCACGCCAUGGUCCGAGUCCUGACUCAUUUCGUCGCUGAAUCACCCGACCCCAGAGGCCAAACCAGUUACAUGUUAGGCACUGAUUGGCAAGUGGAUAUCACGGAGUUGGUGUGGGACUUUGUCAAGGUAGAGGACACACAGAUCGCAAAGCUCCUGGACAGACGGAUACUGGCGGGACGUGACAUGGGAAUGACCACGAUACAGGUGUUGUCUCCUCUGUCAGACUCAAUCCUGGCAGAGAGGACCAUCACAGUGGUGGAUGACAAAGUGACCAUCGCGGAGUUGGGGGUCCAGAUGGUCACAGGACUCUCCAUGAGCCUGCAGCUCAGUCCGGGAAGCAACCGAGCCAUCCUGGCAACAACGACCACACAGGAAGUUCUGCAGAACCCCAAGCAGGAGGCCUUGAUCAGCGCCUGGUUGCAGUUCAGCGACGGCUCCGUGGCCCCUCUGGAUCUGUACAACCCUGACUUUUUCAUCCUCACCGCCACCUCCCUGGAUGAGGAAGUGGUGACGGUACGGCAGGACCCCUCCUGGAAAUGGCCCGUCAUCGUGACCGAGGCGGAGGGCCAAGGGCUUCUGGUCCGGGUGGAAAUGACGGUUUGUGAGAUUUGCCAGAAAUUCAAACGCCGUAGCAUCCUGGCAGCGGGCAACUGUAACGUCAAGGUGCGGUUUGGAUACAGCGACAGCUCCAGGGGAGGGACCAACGAUUACGGCACCGACGGAGAGGAUUUGGACACCAGAGGCAGGCAGCCCUCACCUGACAGGAUUGGUCUUGACAGCCACUUUUACGGCAGCUCAGUCUCUGACAUGGAGGAAGGGGCGCUGAAUAGACCCACCACCACAAGAAGUGCAAUCAUGCGGGGUCCUAACGGGGAUAAACCAUCAGGUGAUGGAAGCGAGAGGAUGCCGAUUGACUUCGCCGACUUUCCUGCUCAGGUGGACUUGCCCCGUGGGCGCAACAUGGACGAUGACCUCAUGCAGACUGCUCGCGGUCUCACAGACCUGGAGAUCGGUAUGUACGCUCUACUGGGGGUCUUCUGCCUGGCUAUCCUGGUAUUUCUUAUCAACUGCAUCUCCUAUACCCUCAAAUACCGACACAAGGAGCUCUCCGUCGAAGGCCAAGAGAACAUGAACCAUGCCCAUGACUGGGUGUGGCUGGGGAACGAGGCAGAGCUGCUGGAGAGCGAAAUCAGCUUGUCCCCCCAGCAGGAGGAGCAGACCUCCAUGAUAGACUCCGGUAGCGGUCUGGAGGAGGGAAGCCACUUGCUGAACGGGGGCUCGGCCCAGAAGAACGUGCAGGGCCAAGUACACCGGGCGGCCGACUCCGGCUGCCCUACUAAAGAAAGCAAAGGGGAGUCGCCCACCACCAAGAGGAAGCGAGUGCAGUUCACCACCUUCACCACCAUCCCCUCGGACAGCGGCUACCCGACUGUUAGCACUCUGACUCGAUGCCACAAGCAGGACAUCAAGUGGGUGUGCCAGGACGUGGCGUUGGAAGACGCUACGGAGUUACGUAACUACAUGGAGAGGUUAAACGACAGUGCGCCGAAGGAAGCGUUCUAGCGGACUGAUUUGUGACAGACUCACGCGUAUGCCUUUCACGGGGAGGUAGGCUCGGAUUCAAAAGCGAAACAUUUGCCCGAGAAUCAAAUCCGACCUGCCAAAGGCUCAAAGAUAUCAAGGAUUGUCAAUUUGCCACUGAUAUCAAGAAAUAUGUCGAGGAAUGAGGACUCCAGUCUAAGGUGGUUAACUUUGGUCUUUAUUACCAAUGCUUUUUAUUUUACACUGAAUAUAUGUACCAUGUUUUUCAGACCACAAGGCGCACAGGGUUAUUUUUUCAUACAGCAGGCGCACCUGAUUAUAGGGCGCAUUAAAUGGGUCGUAUUAUGCUUUUGUCAACAUUUUGCAUGGAUUAUGUUUAACAGACCAUUUAACUGACCAUCUCUUCUUGGGUGGCCCUGCGAUGAGGUGACGACUUGUCCAGGGUGUACCCAACCUUGCUACUGAAUGCAGCAGAGAUAGGCUCGAGCACCCCUCGCAACUCCAAAAGGGACAAGCGGUAGAAAAAUGGAUGGAUGGAUGGAUGGUUAUCUUCUUGGUUAACGGUCGGUCUCAUUCACGUAGUUCCACUUCCAAAAUUAACGCGAUAAAUAACGGCUUAACUAUAAAUUUGGAUACGGCACUCAAUUUUUUUAACGGGCCGAUUAAAGCGAACACUUCCCUUUUUGACCCUCGGGCCGUGCCGGGGGCAACUUGGCUGCAGUUCACUUGCUACUGAUGAGCCACAAUUUCAUUGAAUAAAAAUGUGUAGAAAAUAAGUAUUUUGUUCCACCUCGUCAUCGUCCUACAGACCAAAGUGUACAACCUUCACGCAAAAUGCAUUGUAUUGUUGCUCUGAGAUUUGAAGUUAAAAAAAAUAUAUUUAAGUAUAUUUUUUGCGUUUGAUUCCCCGAAAGGGAAUUAGCAGUAGAAAAUGGAUGGAUGGAUUUUGUGAACAGAAUUUUCCCAGAUCAAUUGAUGCUGACAAAUUCAUUGAAUAAAAAUGUGUAAGCCCGAUUGCACUAAAUUUAAAUGCAACAAAAUCCAGUUACAUAAAUCCAAUGUAAAAAAAAAAAAUUGGUAAUGAAGACAAAUAAAUAUCCACACCAGUCCCUACUUUCUUUCUUUUAUUUAGUAGUUUUUGUUAGCAGCUGCUUACAGGUGAUGAUCUACAGUCAGAAAUCCAGAUGGCAUGUAGAUUUUUAAAAGAAACCAUAGACGUUCACAAUGUUUGUGCACAUUAAAUGACGUUUGAAGGUUUUGGUCCAAAAUGUGUCCGUCCAGAUUGUUAUUGUUCAAAAGUUUUUGGUGAAAAAGAAAAUAGAUAUUUUGUUCCACCUCGUCAUCAUCCUCCAGACCAAAGUGUACAACCUUCACGCAAAAGGCAUUGUAUUGUUGCUCUGAGAUUUGGAGUUAAAAAAAAAUAUUUAAGUAUAUUUUUUGCGUUUGAUUUUGUGAACAGAAUUUUUCCCAGAUCAAAUGAUGCUGACAAUUUCAUUGAAUAAAAAUGUGUAAGCCAAAUUGCACUUAAUUUAAAUGCAACAAAAUCCAGUUACAUAAAUCCAGUGUAAAAAAAAUGGUAAUGAAGACAAAUAAAUAUCCACACCAGUCCCUACUUUCUUUCUUUUAUUUAGUAGUUUUUAGUGAUGAUCUACGGUCAGAAAUCCAGAUGGCAUGUAGAUUUUUAAAAGAAACCAUUAAUGUUCACAAUUUUUGUGCACUUUAAAUGACGUUUGAAGGUUUUGGUCCAAAAUGUGUCCGUCCAGAUUGUUAUUGUUCAAAAAUUUUGGGGGAAAAAGAAAAUAUGUAUUUUGUUCCACCUCGUCAUCGUCCUCCCGACCAAAGUGUACAAUCUCACGCAAAAUGCAGUGUAUUGUUCCUCUGAGAUUUUAAGUUAAAAAAAUAUUUAAGUGAAUUUUUUGCGUUUCAUCUUUGUGAACAGAAUUUUCCCAGAUCAAAUUAUGCAAACAAUUUCAUUGAAUAAAAAUGUAUAAGCCAAAUUGCACUAAAUUUAAAUGCAACAAAAUCCAGUUACAUAAAUCCAGUGCAAAAAAAAUAAAAUUGGUAAUGAAGACAAAUAAAUAUCCACACCAGUCCCUACUUUCUUUCUUUUAUUUAGUAGGUUUUUUUUAGCAGUUGUUUAUAGGUGAUGAUCUACGGUCAGAAAUCCAGAUGGCAUGUAGAUUUUUAAAAGAAACCAUAAAUGUUCACAAUUUUUGUGCACUUUAAAUGACGUUUGAAGGUUUUGGUCCAAAAUGUGUCCGUCCAGAUUGUUAUUGUUCAAAAAUUUUGGGGGAAAAAGAAAAUAUGUAUUUUGUUCCACCUCGCCAUCGUCCUCCAGACCAAAGUGUACAACCUUCACGCAAAAUGCAUUGUAUUGUUGCUCUGAGAUUUGGAGUUAAAAAAAAAUAUUUAAGUAUAUUUUUUGCGUUUGAUUUUGUGAACAGAAUUUUUCCCAGAUCAAAUGAUGCUGACAAUUUCAUUGAAUAAAAAUGUGUAAGCCAAAUUGCACUUAAUUUAAAUGCAACAAAAUCCAGUUACAUAAAUCCAGUGUAAAAAAAAUGGUAAUGAAGACAAAUAAAUAUCCACACCAGUCCCUACUUUCUUUCUUUUAUUUAGUAGUUUUUUUUAGCAGUUGUUUAUAGGUGAUGAUCUACAGUCAGAAAUCCAGAUGGCAUGUAGAUUUUUAAAAGAAACCAUUAAUGUUCACAAUUUUUGUGCACUUUAAAUGACGUUUGAAGGUUUUGGUCCAAAAUGUGUCCGUCCAGAUUGUUAUUGUUCAAAAAUUUUGGGGGAAAAAGAAAAUAUGUAUUUUGUUCCACCUCGUCAUCGUCCUCCCGACCAAAGUGUACAAUCUCACGCAAAAUGCAGUGUAUUGUUCCUCUGAGAUUUUAAGUUAAAAAAAUAUUUAAGUGAAUUUUUUGCGUUUCAUCUUUGUGAACAGAAUUUUCCCAGAUCAAAUUAUGCAGACAAUUUCAUUGAAUAAAAAUGUGUAAGCCAAAUUGCACUAAAUUUAAAUGCAACAAAAUCCAGUUACAUAAAUCCAGUGCAAAAAAAAUAAAAUUGGUAAUGAAGACAAAUAAAUAUCCACACCAGUCCCUACUUUCUUUCUUUUAUUUAGUAGGUUUUUUUUAGCAGUUGUUUAUAGGUGAUGAUCUACGGUCAGAAAUCCAGAUGGCAUGUAGAUUUUUAAAAGAAACCAUAAAUGUUCACAAUUUUUGUGCACUUUAAAUGACGUUUGAAGGUUUUGGUCCAAAAUGUGUCCGUCCAGAUUGUUAUUGUUCAAAAAUUUUGGGGGAAAAAGAAAAUAUGCAUUUUGUUCCACCUCGCCAUCGUCCUCCCGACCAAAGUGUACAAUCUCACGCAAAAUGCAGUGUAUUGUUCCUCUGAAAUUUUAAGUUAAAAAAAAUAUUUAAGUGAAUUUUUUGCGUUUCAUUUUUGUGAACAGAAUUUUCCCAGAUCAAAUUAUGCAGACAAUUUCAUUGAAUAAAAAUGUGUAAGCCAAAUUGCACUAAAUUUAAAUGCAACAAAAUCCAGUCACAUAAAUCCAGUGUAAAAACAAAAAAAAUGGUAAUGAAAACACAAAUAAAUAUCAACACCAUUCCCUACUUUCUUUCUUUUAUUUAGCAGUUGUUGUUAGCAGCCGUUUACAGGUGAUGACCUGCAGUCCGAAAUCCAGAUGACAUGUAGGAUUUUAAAAGUAACCAUAAAUAUUCACAAUGUUUGUGCACAUUAAAUGACAUUUGAAGGUUUUGGUCCAAAAUGUGUCUGUCCAGAUUGUUAUUUUCACAAGUAUUUUGGGAAAAAGAAAAUAGGUAUUUUGUUCCACCUCGUCAUCGCCCUCCUGACCAAAGUGUACAAUCUCACGCAAAAUGCAUUGUAUUGUUGCUCUAAGAUUUUAAGUUAAAAAAAUAUAUAUUUAAGUACAUUUUUUGCGUUUGAUUUUUUGUGAACAGAAUUUCCCCAGAUCAAAUUAUGCUGACAAUUUCAUUGAAUAAAAACGUGUUAGCCAAAUUGCACUAAAUUUAAAUGCAAAAAAAUCAAUUUACAUAAAUCCAGUGUCGAAAAAAAAAAAUGGUAAUGAAGACACAAAUAAAUAUCAACACCAGUCCCUACUUUCUUUCUUUUAUUUAGCAGUUUUUGUUAGCAGCUGUUUAAAGGUGAUGAUCUGCAGUCCGAAAUCCAGAUGGCAUGUAGAUUUUUAAAAGAAACCGUAGAUGUUCACAGUGUUCUUGCACAUUAAAUGACAUUUGAAGGUUUUGGUCUAAAAUGUGUCCGUCCAAAUUGGUAUUGUUCAAAGGUUUUUAGGGAAGUAAAUGUUUUGCGUUUGAUUUUUGUUAACAGAAUUUUUCCCAGAUCAAAUUAUGCCGACAAUUUCAUUGAAUAAAACUGUGUAAGCCAAAUUGCACUUAAUUUAAAUGCAACAAAAUCCAGUUACAUAAAUCCAGUGUAAAAAAAUGGUAAUGAAGACACAAAUAAAUAUCAACACCAUUCCCUACUUUCUUUCUUUUAUUUAGCAGUUGUUUUUAGCAGCUGUUUACAGGUGAUGAUCUACAGUCAGAAAUCCAGAUGGCAUGUAGAUUUUUAAAAGAAACCAUAAAUGUUCACAAUUUUUGUGCACUUUAAAUGACGUUUGAAGGUUUUGGUCCAAAAUGUGUCCGUCCAGAUUGUUAUUGUUCAAAAAUUUUGGGGGAAAAAGAAAAUAGGUAUUUUGUUCCACCCCGUCAUCGUCCUCCCGACCAAAGUGUACAAUCUCACGCAAAAUGCAUUUUAUUGUUGUUCUGAGAUUUUAAGUUAAAAAAAUAUUGAAGUACAUGUUUUGCGUUAGAUUUUUGUGAACAGAAUUUUCUCAGAUCAAAUUAUGCUGACAAUUUCAUUGAAUACAAAUGUGUAAGCAAAAUUGCACUAAAUUUAAAUGCAACAAAUUCCAGUUACAUAAAUCCAGUUUAAAAAAAAAAUGGCAAUGAAGACACAAAUAAAUAUCAACACCAGUCUCUACUAUCUUUCUUUCUUUUAUUUAGCAGUUUUUGUUAGCAGUUGUUUACAGGUGAUGAUCUGCAGUCCGAAAUCCAGAUGGCAUGUAGAUUUCUAAAAGAAACCAUAGAUGUUCACAAUGUUUGUGCACAUUAAAUGACGUUUGAAGGUUUUGGUCCAAAAUGUGUCUGUCCAGAUUGUUAUGCUUCAAAAGUUUUUGGGGAAAAAGAAAAUAUGUAUUUUGUUCCACCACGUCAUCGUCCUCCCGACCAUAGUGUAAAAUCUCCCGCAAAAUGUAUUGUAUUGUUGCUCUGAGAUUUUAAGUUAAAAAAAAUAAUAUUAAAGUACAUUUUUUGCGUUACAUUUUUGUGAACAUAAUUUUCCCAGAUCAAAUUAUGCUGACAAUUUCAUUGAAUAAAAAUGUGUAAGCCAAAUUGCACUAAAUUUAAAUGCAACAAAAUCCAGUUACAUAAAUCCAGUGUAAAAACAAAAAAAUGGUAAUGAAGACACAAAUAAAUAUCAACACCAGUCCCUACUUUCUUUCUUUUAUUUAGUAGUUUUUGUUAGCAGCUGUUUACAGAUGAUGAUCUGCAGUCCAAAAUCCAGAUGGCAUGUAGAUUUUUAUAAAAAACCUUGGAUGUUGACAAUGUUUGUGUACUUUAAAUGACGUUUGAAGGUUUUGGUCCAAAAUGUGUCCGUCCAGAUUGUUAUCGUUCAAAAGUUUUUGGGGAAAAAGAAAAUAUGUAUUUUGUUCCACCUUGUCAUCGUCCUCCCGACCAAAGUGUACAAUCUCACGCAAAAUGCAUUGUAUUGUUGCUCUGAGAUGUGAAGUUAAAAAAAAAUAUUUAAGUAUAUUUUUUACGUUUGAUUUUGUGAACACAAUUUUCCCAGAUCAAAUUAUGCUGACAAUUUCAUUGAAGAAAAAUGUGUAAGCCAAAUUGCACUAAAUUUAAAUGCAACAAAAUCCAGUUACAUAAAUCCAGUGUAAAAAAAAAAAAAGAAAUGGUAAUGAAGACACAAAUAGAUAUCAACACCAGUCCCUACUUUCUUUCUUUUAUUUAGCAGUUUUUGUUAGCAGCUGUUUACAGGUGAUGAUCUCCAGUCUGAAAUCCAGAUGGCAUGUAGAUUUUUAAAAGAAACCGUAGAUGUUCACAAUGUUUGUAAACAUUAAAUGACAUUUGAAGGAUUUGGUCUAAAAUGUGUCUGUCCAAAUUGUUAUUCUUCAAAGGUUUUUAGGAGAGUAAAUGUUUUGCGUUUGAUUUUUGUGAACACAAUUUUCCCAGAUCAAAUUAUGCUGACAAUUUCAUUGAAUAAAAAUGUGUAAGCCAAAUUGCACUAAAUUUAAAAGCAACAAAAUCCAGUUACAUAAAUCCAGUGUAAAAAAAAAAAAUGGUAAUGAAGACACAGAUAAAUAUCAACACCAGUCCCUACUUUCUUUCUUUUAUUUAGCAGUUUUUGUUAGCAGCUGUUUACAGAUGAUGAUCUGCAGUCCAAAAUCCAGAUGGUAUGUAGAUUUUUAAAAGAAACCUUGGAUGUUCACAAUGUUUGUGCACAUUAAAUGACGUUUGAAGGUUUUGGUCCAAAAUGUGUCCGUCCAGAUUGUUAUCGUUCAAAAGUUUUUGGGGAAAAAGAAAAUAGGUAUUAUGUUCCACCUUGUCAUCGUCCUCCCGACCAAAGUGUACAAUCUCACGCAAAAUGCAUUGUAUUGUUGCUCUGAGAUUUUAAGUUAAAAAAAAUAAUAUUUAAGUAAAUUUUUUGCGUUUCAUUUUUCUGAACAAAAUUUUCCCGGAUCAAAUUAUGCUGACAAUUUCAUUGAAUAAAAAUGUGUAAGCCAAAUUGCACUAAAUUUAAAUGCAACAAAAUCCAGUUACAUAAAUCCAGUGUAAAAAAAAAUGGUAAUGAAGACACAAAUAAAUAUCAACACCAAUCCCUACUUUCUUUCUUUUAUUUGGCAGUUUUUGUUAGCAGCUGUUUACAGAUGAUGAUCUGCAGUCCGAAAUCCAGAUGGCAUGUAGAUUUUUAAAAGAAACCUCGGAUGUUCACAAUGUUUGUGCACAUUAAAUGACAUUUGAAGGUUUUAAUUUAAAAUGUGUCCGUCCAAAUUGUUAUUUUUCAAAGGUUUUUAGGGGAGUAAAUGUUUUGCGUUUGAUUUUUGUGAACACAAUUUUCCCAGAUCAAAUUAUGCUGACAAUUUCAUUGAAUAAAACUGUGUGAGCCAAAUUGCACUAAAUUUAAAUGCAACAAAAUCCAGUUACAUAAAUCCAGUGUAAAAACAAAAAAAUGGUAAUGAAGACACAAAUAAAUAUCAACACCAGUCCCUACUUUCUUUCUUUUAUUUAGCAGUUUUUGUUAGCAGCUGUUUACAGGUGAUGAUCUCUAGUCUGAAAUCCAGAUGGCAUGUACAUUUUUAAAAGAAACCGUAGAUGUUCACAAUGUUUGUGCACAUUAAAUGACAUUUGAAGGUUUUGGUCCAAAAUGUGUCCGUCCAGAUUGUUAUCGUUCAAAAGUUUUUGGGGAAAAAGAAAAUAGGUAUUAUGUUCCACCUCGUCAUCGUCCUCCCGACCAAAGUGUACAAUCUCACGCAAAAUGCAUUGUAUUGUUGCUCUGAGAUUUUAAGUUAAAAAAAAUAAUAUUUAAGUACAUUUUUUGCGUUUCAUUUUUGUGAACAACAUUUUCCCAGAUCAAAUUAUGCUGACAAUUUCAUUGAAUGAAAAUGUGUAAGCCAAAUUGCACUAAAUUUAAAUGCAACAAAAUCCAGUUACAUAAAUCCAGUGUAAAAAAAAAUGGUAAUGAAGACACAAAUAAAUAUCAACACCAAUCCCUACUUUCUUUCUUUUAUUUGGCAGUUUUUGUUAGCAGCUGUUUACAGAUGAUGAUCUGCAGUCCGAAAUCCAGAUGGCAUGUAGAUUUUUAAAAGAAACCUCGGAUGUUCACAAUGUUUGUGCACAUUAAAUGACGUUUGAAGGUUUUGGUCCAAAAUGUGUCCAUCCAGAUUGUUAUUUUCACAAGUAUUUUGGGAAAAAGAAAAUAGGUAUUUUGUUCCACCUCGCAUCGUCCUCCCGACCAAAGUGUACAGUCUCACGCAAAAUGCAUUUUAUUGUUGUUCUGAGAUUUUAAGUUAAAAAAAUAUUGAAGUACAUUUUUUGGGUUAGAUUUUUGUGAACAGAAUUUUCACAGAUCAAAUUAUGCUGACAAUUUCAUUGAAUAAAAAUGUGUAAGCAAAAUUGUACUAAAUUCAAAUGCAACAAAUUCCAGUUACAUAAAUCCAGUGUAAAAAAAAUGGUAAUGAAGACACAAAUAAAUAUUAACACCAAUC